AUGUGGGAACUCGAACAGUGGCACGAGAAGGAGAAAAAACUAUUACAACAAGUUCAAAAGCUUCAAUGGAUGGUAUCAGCUAGAGAAUGUCAUGUGCUAAUCAUUUUAUUACAACAAGUUCCCACGACGACAAACAUGACGUUAAAAAUGCAUGUUACGGACGAUCGAGUACCAAGUUUGAGGAAAAAGCUAGAGACGGAUGAAGAGACAAAGACAAUAGUAGUCCAUCUUGUAACGUCAAUGGAUCUUGUACGCGAAAACUCGAGUGUUUUGAUGAAAGUAGAAGCAGAAAUACGGAGAAUGGCACGUGAGUACUACAAGGCUCAAUUGAAACGAGUGAAGCGAUAUAUGAAGACACUUGCAAAAGCACCAGGAUAUGAAGUUUGGCAUGCGAGAUUAAAUUUUAAAAUGGCUCAUUACAACGAGUUUCGACGGUAUACGACCAAAAUACUGCAGUAUUAUGAAGCUUCCUAUGGUGCACUUAUCUCACUGCCAUUGCAUGAGAAUGAAGCUGUAAAUGGGAUUGCGUAUACUCAAGUUCUAACCAUGGCAGAGAUUGUGAAUUUUAAAUUGUGUUAUCACUUGAUUUUCUCGGCUCAUAAUGUCAAGGGAGCCGUAGAUCAACUGCAACGGCAUAUGGAUGUUUAUGGACGUACGAUGAUUGCGGUAGAUCGAGCUUAUGAACACUGGGAUUGGGUAUCUCGCCAGUAUCAUGUCUUUGCUCAAUUAUUACUUAAGGCGACUUCUAUUCAAGGCUUACUUCCUGAUACGGGGCUUGACUCGAACGUGUAUAAAGAACCAUAUUUAUAUUUCUCCAUUGCUGCAAAGUACGCUAUGUUCCGAAGGAAAGCAGCUAUGAAACUUGGUCUUACAACUGCUACCACGGUGUCUACUGUUACAGCUAGUGGUGAAACCUUACCGGAACGCGAUUUUGUAGUAGUGCCUUCCAUAUAUGUGGGCGGUGAUCCAGUAGUUUCCGAGGCCAGUGCUACAUUGCAGGGUCCGUCAGUGGCAGCUCUUGUGAAGUAUCGCCAUGCUGUGGAAAGGGCUGUUCCUCAUGCGAAGCGGUCUAUUCUUCUUUUAGAGCAUGCAAUACAUCACCUAACGGUUUAUGUGGCUGACCAAAACGCACCGCGAAGUCGAUUGAAAUGUCGGCUGCUGGUGCAUUUGGGAACAGAACGACUUGCAUUGGGUGAGUGUGAUCGCGCUUGUGCUGAAUUGGAGAACGCGAAAGCGACGUUUAGUAUUGAAAAUUGCUGGGCACAAACCGCUCAGAUUUUGAAGCAGCUGCUUAGAUGCACCUUUCGCCAGGGCCAUACUGCUGCCUACUUGGAUUAUUCACUGCAGUUAUUAUCUCCUGUUGUAGAAAAGUUUGUGUUAUUGAAAGAGCGUGGGCGUAUUCAGGACUACUUUCUAACAGCGUGGAGGAAUCCAGCAGCUUUAGGCUCACAAUUUACCGAAAACUCUGCGCUCACGAAUGGGUAUGAAUUAGCACUUGAUCGUUCUCGCCAGGUGUUUGCGUUAACAGCUCGAUUUGAUCGCGCCUUUGCUUGUGUAAAGGAGGAUGUAACAUUGGAGCUGAAAUUGCAAUCCCAUUUUCCGUCGUUACUUGUGAUGUCACAAAUCGAAUUGGUGUUCAAUGACGAGCGAUACCGCACCGUGAUCUAUCAUCGAGAUGAAGACACAUCCGGAUCGCUGACUUACGAUAACGGAAUCUUUUUCACUUCGCUGGAGUUUAGUCACAAAUCGAUUAAGGAAGUUCGUGUUCCGUUACGUGUACUGGACGGUCGACAAGUGCUAUCCAUCCAGGAAGUGCGAUUUUAUUUAGGUGGUGAAAGCGGCGGCGGUAAGAUGGAGAGCGUUGAUGUAGAUGAUAAGCGGCCACUGGAAAAGUGUUUGGUUCUUAGCCUGCUGGUCGAACGAACCUCUGUAGAGCAACGAGAGAUGCCGCAACCGUACCUGAUCAAUGGCCGUGUUCCUGCUAUGGGUAAUGGCUCUGCAUCUCCCAGCUUUUCCAGAAGAAAGUCAAUGUUUUCACUCGUUGAGGGAUCUCGGUCUGCUAAUGCUGAUGUGAGUGAAUCCAUUCAAGAGGAUGGUACUUUCCAUCUUCGAGGUUCAUCAUUGAUCAUUUUGCAGCCUCGCGCAAAGGCGACUCUGUCUAUGCUUUCCCAUGAGCCACUCUUGACGGGAGAUUUUCGUGAACUUGCUUUUCAGUUGGCAGCCAAUGAAGACAGUUUGGAAGAUGUAACGUUUCGAAUUGUGUGCGAACCUCCACCGACAUCCUUUGCUUCCAGUGAUGCAUUCUUUUUCACUGAGCAGUCUGGUGUUUUGACUCCAGUGCUAUUGAAUGCGAAUCUACAACCGCAAGACGUAAUGUCACUUCCGGAUAAGAGCCCACAAACCGAAGAAACUUUCCACAUUAUCGUCCGUUCGCCCAGAGCAACUCCUGUGACGUUGAUCGUAUCAGUGGCAUACACGACAAAGACUGGGGUGACUGUACGCUUUAAUGAACGGUUUAAUUUGGUAUGUCAUGAUCCGUUUGCGAUUCAAGGAAGUUUCAUUCACGAUUUCCUUAGUGGAGGCGGUGUGCCCGGUGCUGCUCAAAUGGCUAAAGGUUCUUACGGUUGUGUGGGGAGCUUGGUUAACUACCAAGGCAGUAUUACAUGCACAUCAGGUGAAGCACUACGUGUGCUUGCAUUGGAGUUUGAACCACGCGAGACGAAAAUGGUCGAAGACUUGGUCACUUGGGGAUUUGAAUCAUCUUUGAUGGAUUUGAACUGCAGCAACAAUGAAGACGUGUGUACGACUUUGAAUGAUGGUGAUACCCGAUGUUUCUGUCUCCGAUUGGUUCCAAAAGUAGCAUCACCGUUUGUAACACUUGGUCGUGUGAAAAUUAUCUGGCGUCGGAUGUCGUCAUCACUUGGCCGUGUUUCAACAAGUUCUUGCCACGAGAUUGUAAACACGUGGCUAGAACUCCCCUUGGUGUCAUUUGUCAGUGCUCCUCUAACGUUUAGUGUCAAGACACCACCAUUUGGUGUUGAAGGGAUCGUUGGUUACAUGGACAUUUGGAUCAAAAACAAUGAAGCUGUGUCUCAUAGUUUUCGAAUCAAACCAGUGGAUACCGAUGGAACGUAUUUGAUCUCAGGUCGUAUGAAUGCUACGGAAGAUUUAUUUCCAUUUGAUGAACAGGUUUUUCGCUUGGGUUUAGUACCCAUGAAGACAGGUUAUCUACGUUUACCAUGUUUAGAGAUUAUGUCAUUGACAUAUAAUCUCCCUCUUACGAAUUUAGAUGAACGUCAGGAAUUGUUUGUCUUGCCUCGGGAAUAUCCGGAUUGGUUUUCAACCAACGAAAUACUGACAACUAAACAUACAUUGAUCAAAAGGAAGAUAUUUUGUGCUGACUUGAGCUAG